AUGUUACAGUAUAAAUCCAUGCUGUCGACAGUGCCUUCUGGAGCAAGCUCCACAGGACAUCUAUUGCUGCAGCAACCAUCCAGUAUCGAUGCUAUUCUUUUUGUAAAACCCAGUCUUUCUACCACAGCAGCAGACUCGCCACUUUCUGAAAUAGUUUUUGGGAUGGGUACGCUUAAUGACAGCCCUUCGUCUGCAAACCGACUUUUAUCCUGUGACGCGCCUGAGAUAUUAACAGAACAGCCAUUGAUCACCAAACACGGUCAUACGUCCUUGUCAGUAUCAGUUGAUGUAGCCUUGUCUGAAAGCAUUUCAUCAGAAAAUAGAGAGAAUCAAAGUCAUCAUAUGGAUAGCCUCAAGGUCAACAAUGUGAGGUCGAUAGAAGGGUUAUCAAUAUCACCCAAUCCAUCAACAACACGCACAGAAUCGGUUUUAAAGCCUCCACCAUCGCUCAGCAUUCUUGCUCCAAGUAAUUUAUUGCAUCAAUCUUCAGACGAUCUCAUAUCACCAUACUUUAUGCAAAACUUAAAUCAUCAUUACUCUCCUAAUGCUGCAAUGCAAAGUUUGAUUGCUCAUACAACCCCGUCCUUUCGUAAUCAGCAGCAACAACCUCAAUCUGGAAACCCGCAUCAACACCACAUGGCACCAGCAGAUGCAGCCGGAAGAGGCUCUGGCUACACUGGUGGUGUAUUACCAUUGCUGAUGGGAGUUCUUCCAAGGCGACAUAUGACUCAUAGUAGACGAAUGUCGUCUCAUUUUUUACAAAGCGAUGGCAACUUGGCCAUCGAAGGGACUUUGCAGCAACGCAAUCUGCAACAACCACUUCAGCCACUACAACAUGGAUUUCAGCAACAUACACCAGCUGGUCAAAUUCGUGCUCAGCGAAAAGGUAGAUCCGAGUCUUUGUCAACCAAGUUACGUGACUCAAUAUAUCACAUAGACCGUAGACCAAAUGGAAUUGCCGAGUCUUGCUCUACAUCAAAUACGAGCUUGAAAGUACAGUUUGCUAAUCAGCAAUUGACACAAAGUUUAACAAACACCAACAGUAUGGUGAUCCCUGCUGCUCGAAUUAGCAUUACGUAUGACGCAAGUGGUAGCAUUAUGCACAACAACGAUAUAGAGCUGGAAAGCGAUAUUCGUAUGCUGGACUCACUCCAAAGAAAAACCAGCCAUGUCCAUUCGGUGGAUCAACAAGUAUUGCCAAUUCACGAAUUGAAUCAGGCGGCCAAUCGUGCGUCACUAUCCACGAGUUGCAGAUACUUAAAAACAUCCAGAUCACAUAGCACAAUACAGCAACAAAACAACUUGGAAAGCUCUGUAAACAGAAUUCGACACAUUUCUCUUAUGUCCAUCAAUAAUAUCAAACAGCAAAACCUGGAUUCGAGCGAAGGAUCCAAAGACAGCAGUGGUGCGGCAGUUCAAAUUUCAAACAGCUAUACGUCUGGAAAGAUCAAAACAGACAAUGAGCUGAAUCCUGCCAUCAAUCGGGUGAUUGAUUUGCAUGACGCAAUCAUCAAUGACACUUCAUCAUCUAAAAAAAAGCAUCGAACAGCAAUCCCUAAAGUCAAAUUUUUGGAUCCUUUUUUUCAUCCAUUUGAAGAAAGUCCGACUACUGGGUGGACUCUUAAAUUUCCGCCUACAAUUGAAGCCAUGUUCCAAAUCUAUAUAUUCUAUAUUAUUUUACGCAAAAGUCAAGGAUGGAUUCUUUUGAUAACAACGAUUGGCUGGGCUGUUUUUUGUAUUGCCGACUGGUUAUUAUUUCCUGGAUUGCAACAUUAUACCAGACUAAUAGGAAACCUUGUACCAUUGACAGUUUCAAUUUGCAAUAUUGUUUUAUCGUUUCGUAAAGAUUGGGAAACUCGUUGUUAUCAGGGUCAGUUGGCAUAUACCAUAGUAGCUUACCUUCAAAACCUCAACAUUUCAUACCACAUUGGAUAUCUAAACGCCGUCGAUAUGAAAGAUUUACACGGGUUGAUUUUACUAAAUACCCUUUGUACAGUCAUGAUCAGUUACACAGUUCUUGCCUCGCCAUAUGUACAUAUUUCGAUUGCCUCGUUAAUUUUUUGUGCAACCGAGUUCGUCAUGGAGGUGUCGUUUAAAUACUACUCUACUUCAGAAGCCUACAUUGCAAGUGGUUUGUUGUUUAUCGCAGCCAAUAUCACUGGUAUUUUUUUCAAAUACUCAUAUGAGCUACAUUUACGUAAAGCAUUUGUACGAUAUCGACUGCUCUAUCACAAUCAAGAAGAGCUUACUGAAGCACGCGAGCGAAGUGAUGCCCUCCUCGGAAUGGUAUUACCAGCAAAAAUUGUUGCAUCAAUGCGUUUGAUUGACGAUUCUGAUGCCAAUCGACUUAAAGAAAGUGUCAAUAGUUUGUUUGCAGAGCUACAUGGUGUCACGAUUCUUUUUGCAGAUAUUGCUGGGUUUACCGAGUUUUCUGGAACUGUUACCGCCAGUGCAUUAGUCGACGUGCUUAGUGAGCUGUUUUCAAUGUUUGACGCCAUUGCCAGUGAUUUGCAACUUGAAAAAAUUAAAACUAUUGGUGACUCGAUUCAUAUUGCUGGAGGUGUACCAGAGCAACUUAGAAGCCGUGAAGAAAUUGCUUUAUUUGCCAAACGUGUAUGCAUCAUGGGAGUAGAGAUGAUGAAAGGGUUUAAUCAACUAUGUAUCGAAAAAGGCAUGCAUGUGAAACUACGAGUUGGCAUUCAUACUGGAUCGGUUGUUGGAGGCGUUAUGGGAUUAUGGAAAUUCAAGUAUGACAUUUGGUCCCAGGAUGUCGACAUUGCGUCAUUGAUGGAACAGACUGGCACUCCUGGAAUUCCACACAUUUCUGAAUCAACGUAUGAGUUGAUACAAGACGAUCCCGACUUUUUAUUUUCUCCUGCAGAAACUGUACCAGUUUUGGGUCGGGAAAUCUCUACCUACCAUAUCACAGCAAUGCGAGAGGAAUCAUCAUCAGCCGAGCCAAACACGUUUAUGCUGGGUGGAAUACCUCGCUCAUCUAGCAAAAAUAUCACAGUCACUACAUCAUCAGUAUCCAUGAUGAAACAAAAAAGCUUUCAGUCAAUCAAGAAAAGCGAUGCCAUGACACGGUUUGAUCUUGAGUUGAAUCGAUAUCUGUGUUUGUUUAAAAAUCCUGACAAGGAGCAUGAUUAUCGCACACGAUUUAUGGAGACGUCCUCUGCGUCUUUUGGAACUGCCACAAUCGUUAUAGUGUGUGUCCAAGUCAUCAUAUUUGGUGUACUGCAAACAAUUAACAGUAGCAGAACCUUGCUAUUACUGGAUAUUUUGAUUUUGAUCGCAUUGAUUUUCAUGGGUUUUUUAUUCUAUGUGGCACAGGCUCAGCAUAAUUCCAUCAUUCGUGAGUUUGAGGAUAGAAAAACCAAAAAAAUGUUUGGCAUAGUUAACACUUCGUUGAAUUCUUUAUCGGAAAGCUUGGCGCUUGUUGAUCGACCUCUUUGGCCCUGGUGGCUUCCUAACGCAUUUGCAAUCUCGAUAUUUUUUGUCGCAAGUGUAUCGACCGCUAGUCACAUGAAUACACUUACGGCUCUCACAGCACCAGUAUUGCAUGGAUGUCACACGGUAUUAAUGAUGUUAUAUCUUACCUUUUUUGGCAUCAAAAGUCUUUAUCUGCGAUUAUGGCUUGUUACAUCCACUUUGGCAUAUAUUUUGGGUUUUUUAUACCUUUGCUGGAGUCGAGUUUCUGAUCGACCCGGAAUUGUUGCUAUGAUCAUGGAAACUGUCAUCUUGGCAUCCCUUUGUGUUAUUAUUUUUUCAAUGAGCUGGUACACAGACUUGAUUUCUCGUAUGAAUUUUUUCAUGGAAAGCGAAAACGAGGUUGGAUCUCGCGAAAUGGAGAUAACACAGCAAGCCGCUGAACGAUUGAUUAUGAAUAUAUUACCAUUGUCUGUUGUUCAGCGGUUGGCAAAUGUUGAGCAAAUACAAAUUGCUGAUGAUAGAGAGGAUGUGGCAAUUAUUUUUACCUCGAUCUCAAAUUUCAAGCCAAAUACGUCUGAAAAAGACUGGUUGUGGGUAUUAAAUGACGUCAUUUGUGAAUUUGAUAUUAUAGCUAUGCAGUAUGGUAUCGAAAAGAUCAAAACGAUUGGUACAAAGUACAUGGCAAUGGGAGAACCCAUUGAAAACGAUAAAGAUGACGCUCUUAUACGAACCUGUGAAUUUGGACUAGCUCUAUUGACUUUAAUUCAGGAUAUUAAUCAACGACUAGAUCAAGAUUUUAAACUAAAAAUUGGAGUCAAUGUUGGACCAGCCGUCACAGGUUUGAUUGGAACAAAAACAUUUGCAUUCGAUGUAUGGGGUGACACUGUCAAUGUAUCGUCUCGCAUGGAAUCCACGGGAAAGGAGAAUCAAAUUCAAGUAACGCAAACAGUAUAUGAUAGAUGUAGAGAUAUAUUCAAGUUUGAGGAGCGUGGAACAGUACAUGUUAAGGGAAAAGGCGAGAUGAUGACCUAUUGGCUGGUAGACUAUUUACCCAAUGUAGAAUUAGAUUCAGAUGUACUAUGA